AUGGCCAACAAGCAGAACGUAGGCGUGCCGUGGAUCAUGUGCCAGCAGGACCAAGACGUCCCACCCAACAUCAACACCUGCAACGGCUUCUACUGCCACGACUGGUUCCCCAAGAGGACCGACAUCCCCAAGAUCUGGACUGAGAACUGGACUGGCUGGUUCAAAGCCUGGGACAAGCCUGAUUUCCACCGGUCCGCCGAAGACAUCGCCUUCUCUGUUGCCAUGUUCUUCCAGACGCGAGGAUCGCUCCAGAACUACUACAUGUACCAUGGUGGCACCAACUUUGGCCGCACGUCGGGUGGCCCAUACAUCACAACCAGCUAUGACUACGAUGCCCCUCUCGAUGAGUACGGUAACAUCAGGCAGCCAAAAUACGGGCACCUCAAGGACCUCCACAAUGUCCUCAAGUCCAUGGAGAAGAUCCUACUCCAUGGGGACUACAAGGACACCACCAUGGGCAACACCAACGUCAUGGUUACCAAGUACACGCUGGACAACUCCUCUGCCUGCUUCAUCAGCAACAAGUUCGACGACAAGGAGGUCAAUGUGACCCUCGACGACGGCGCAACCCAUGUCGUGCCCGCAUGGUCCGUGAGCAUCCUGCCGGACUGCAAGACCGUCGCGUACAACAGCGCCAAGAUCAAGACACAGACGUCGGUGAUGGUGAAGAGGCCGGGGGUGGAAACCGUGACGGAUGGCCUUGCUUGGUCGUGGAUGCCCGAGAACCUCCAUCCUUUCAUGACGGACGAGAAGGGUAACUUCAGGAAGAACGAGCUGCUCGAGCAGAUCGCGACGUCGGGCGACCAGAGCGACUACCUAUGGUACAGGACAAGCUUGGAGCACAAGGGGGAAUCGAACUACAAGUUGCACGUGAACACGACUGGCCAUGAGCUCUACGCUUUCGUCAAUGGCAAGCUUGUUGGGAGGCACUACGCUCCUAAUGGCGGAUUCGUCUUCCAAAUGGAGACACCGGUGAAGCUCCACUCUGGCAAGAACUACAUCUCCCUCCUCAGCGCCACCAUCGGGCUCAAGAACUAUGGUGCUCUGUUCGAGAUGAUGCCCGCCGGCAUCGUGGGAGGGCCGGUGAAGCUCGUCGACACCGUCACCAACACCACCGCCUACGACCUCUCCAACAGCUCCUGGUCCUACAAGGCCGGCCUCGCCGGCGAGUACAGGGAGACCCACCUCGACAAGGCCAAGGACCGCAGCCAAUGGAGAGGCGGCACCAUCCCGGUGCACCGCCCCUUCACCUGGUACAAGGCGACCUUUGAGGCCCCCAUCGGUGAGGAGCCCGUGGUGGCGGACCUGCUGGGGCUCGGCAAGGGCGUGGUGUGGGUCAACGGCAACAACCUGGGCCGCUACUGGCCGUCAUACGUCGCCGCGGACAUGGACGGCUGCCGGCGGUGCGACUACCGCGGCACAUUCAUGGCGGAUGGCGACGGGCAGAAGUGCCUCACUGGCUGCAACGAGCCGUCCCAGAGGUUCUACCAUGUGCCACGGUCGUUCCUCAAGGCCGGCGAGCCCAACACGAUGGUGCUGUUCGAGGAGGCCGGCGGCGACCCGACGAGGGUGAGCUUCCACACCGUCGCUGUCGGGGCGGCGUGCGCGGAGGCCGCCGAGGUCGGCGACGAGGUGGCGCUGGCGUGCAGCCAUGGCAGGACCAUCUCCAGCGUGGACGUGGCCAGCCUCGGCGUCACGCGCGGCAAGUGCGGCGCGUACCAGGGCGGCUGCGAGUCCAAGGCGGCGCUGGCGGCGUUCACGGCAGCGUGCGUCGGCAAGGAGUCGUGCACGGUGCGGCACACGGAGGACUUCCGCGCCGGGUCCGGGUGUGACUCCGGCGUGCUCACCGUGCAGGCAACCUGCUGA